CUCUAAGUAGCGGAUUAUAAGCAUAAACAGAUCUCUUUGUCUGACAGUUAUUCUCUCUCUCUCGUCUCGCCGGCGGCGUCCUCCUCCUCCCCUGUAACAACAGUCAUAUAAUAUCAAAAGACAAAACAACAGACUGCGCGCACCUUCUCUCUUUUGUCUACACCUUCUUCUUCGUCUUCUUAUUAUCGCCAUAAAUUAAUUAUUAGGGUUUUAGUUGUUUAGACGAUGCAAAAUCACGAACUAUAAUGGUUGCUGCUUUCAAUCCUACUUUCAAACCUAAGGUUAAUAAUAACACCCAAGGUCAGACUCAUCAUAACAACCGGAGAAGACCACCGCUAUUACCUUCCGACGCCGACAAUGGCGUCGUUACCUCUCGAAAACCGAGAUCGAGAGAGGUUUCUUCCAGAUAUUCAUCGUCUUCUUCUACCAUUUCCAUUACUAAUUCUACUUCAUCUUCAAGCUCAUCCUCUUCGAAUUCCGCAUUUUCAAGGACCGUACCAUCGACUCCUUCUCAUCCGGCAAUCAAGAGAUCGCAGUCGGUUGAGCGGUCCGACCGGAGACGAUCGGCGACUCCUCUCCCCCCUAGCAGAACAACAGGAGAGAUGUCUGUCGUUGCUAAGGUUUUAGUUUCAUCAACUAGAAGUUUAUCUGUUUCGUUUCAGGGAGAGUCCUUUCCGUUGCCAGUUAACAAGGCGAAAGCAAGCAUACGGAAAGUUACCCCGGAAAGACCUGGUACUGCCGGAGAGAUGUCCACCACCACCACCGCCGCCGCAAAGCUUUUGAUCUCUUCAAGAAGAAGUUUAUCUGCUUCGUUUCAAGGAGAUUCUAUUCCUCUUCGAAUUAGUAAAACAAAAGAGGCGAUGAAAGGAUCCACACCAGUUAGAAAUCAGAACGAACAUUCUAAACCAGUUGAUCAGCAGAGAUGGCCGGGUAGAUCGAAGCAAUCGAAUUCCUUAGCUACGCGUGUUAUUCAACAGUCUAUGACCGAUCAAAUGAAGGAUGAAUUCGCGACAGAUGUUGAAAGUGUUUCGUCUGGGAGCUCUGAUGCUCCUAAACGUGGAGGAGGAGGACCAAGAGGGAUUAUUGUUCCUGCAAGAUUCUGGCAAGAAACCACCAAUCGUUUGAAGCAAAUCCCUGAACCUGUAAUGAUGAAACCAAUAAUUCAUCGGAAGAUAACAUUUGAGGAGAAUCCAUCCAUCAAUAGUACACCAAUUUCCUCGUCCAAAGGUAGCAGAGGGGGCUUAUCAUCUCCAUUACGGUCUGCAAUUAGGCCUUUGUCGCCCAAUAAAUUGGGGAUAUCAUCAAGGUCUUCUCCUCCUUCAAAGGGGGCGCCGGAGCUGCAGAAGCAGAAACCAUAUCUGAUUAGGAAUAGUAAUAUCAUUUUUACGCCACCAAUACUUAGCUUUACUUCUGAUGUGAGGAGAGGAAAGCCAGGGGAUAACAAGAUUGAUGAUGCACAUAUGUUGAGACUGCUACAUAAUCGAUACCUACAAUGGCGAUUUGUUAAUGCUAGAGCAAAGAAUUCAAUGCUUGGACUUGAAGCUUCUGCAAAGAAAAGUUUAUAUAAUGGUUGGGUGAGCACAGCAAAACUGCAAUAUUCUGUGGAAUUGAGAAAACUAGAGUUGCAAAGGCUAAGACAUAAUCUGAAGUUGUAUUACAUCAUUAAAGGACAAUUGCUAUUCUCGGAUGAUUGGGAUUCUCUUUGUAGUGAUCAUUCAAGAUUCUUGUCUGAAGCUACCAAAGCUUUGGAAGCUACCACAAUUCGUCUUCCACUUGUUUCUGGGGCAACAAAGAUCCAGGUUGAUAUUCAAGAUUUAAAAGAUGCUAUUUCUUCAUCAGCUGAUGUAAUGCAGGCCAUGACAUCUAACAUUUGCUCAUUCUUGAUCAAGGCACAACAAACAAACAGUUCAGUUUCGGAACUUGCAAGCAUAGCAGCAAAGGAAUAUGAUUUAAUCAAUGAAUGCAAUGAUCUUUUGUCAACUUUCACAGCACUCCAGGUGAAGGAUUGGAGCAUGAGAACACACAUAUUGCAGAUAAAGCGAGAGAGCCAUCUACCUUGAUAACGGAAUUUGUAGAGAUUUUAUGUAUUUGAAUCGAUUAAACCAUUGAAACACUAACCACACAUUUCAAAAACAAAAAAGUCGAAGAAUCUUAUCUACUUCGAUCUGUUAUAAGUCGAUAGGAUGCUGAUUGUUGAAUUGAUAUAUAUACAUGUAUAUAUAUUAUGGUCACAUAAUUAAUGUUACAAGUCUAUUAAAUCCUAACAUUUUUUGGUUACUUACAAACUUUAAUGUUUUGUUUAUUGUGUUU